UAAGUGUACAUUAUAGAGACCCAGAAAACUCACAGUCCAAACACAAGUAAUGGACUUUGUUGCUCCUGCUCCACAAUCCUGAACUAGCUGCUGCCCAUUCUCUCUUUACACAUUUCACUAUUGAUUCUCUGCUUGAGUUCUGUUUUGGUUAAUAGAGAAGGGAGAGUGGGAAGAAGAGGCUGAAAAUGGAAACCAACUCUGUUUACAAGUUGUGCUUGUUCUUGGGCUUGGUUUGGUUCUUGGGGUUUCAUCAGCUGGUUCAGUGUACUGUGACCUAUGACAGGAAGGCCAUUGUGAUUAAUGGGCAGAGGAGAAUCCUCAUGUCUGGUUCAAUACACUACCCCAGAAGCACUCCUGAGAUGUGGGAGGAUCUGAUACAGAAGGCAAAAGAUGGAGGUCUCGAUGUGGUUGAAACCUAUGUGUUCUGGAAUGGCCAUGAACCUACCCCUGGCAAUUUCAAUUUUGAAGGGAGGUAUGAUCUGGUGAGAUUCCUGAAGACCAUACAGAAAGCAGGGCUCUAUGCUCAUCUUCGCAUUGGGCCUUAUGUUUGUGCUGAGUGGAAUUUUGGGGGUUUUCCUGUUUGGCUGAAAUAUGUUCCAGGCAUCAGUUUCAGAACAGACAAUGAGCCUUUCAAGAGGGCAAUGCAAGGGUUUACUGAGAAGAUUGUGGGACUGAUGAAGAGUGAAAAAUUGUUCGAGUCCCAGGGAGGCCCAAUUAUUCUAUCACAGAUUGAGAAUGAGUACGGAGUACAGAGCAAGUUAUUUGGAGCUGCUGGACAUAAUUACAUGACCUGGGCAGCAGAGAUGGCUGUUGGGUUGGGAACUGGGGUCCCAUGGGUGAUGUGCAAGGAAGAAGAUGCUCCAGAUCCAGUGAUAAACACAUGUAACGGUUUCUACUGUGAUUCUUUCUCUCCCAACAAACCAUACAAGCCUACGAUUUGGACAGAGGCCUGGAGUGGCUGGUUUACGGAGUUUGGAGGUCCAAUUCACCAACGACCAGUUCAAGAUUUAGCAUAUGCAGUGGCCAGAUUCAUACAGAACGGAGGAUCAUUUGUUAAUUAUUACAUGUACCAUGGAGGAACCAACUUUGGACGCACAGCAGGGGGACCUUUCGUCACUACCAGCUACGACUAUGAUGCUCCAUUAGAUGAAUAUGGUUUAAUCAGGCAGCCAAAGUAUGGUCAUUUGAAGGAGCUUCAUAAGGCUAUUAAGAUGUGUGAACGGGCUUUAGUUUCAGCUGAUCCAAUCAUCACUUCACUCGGGGACUUUCAACAGGCUCAUGUGUAUACUUCAGAAUCAGGAGAUUGUGCAGCAUUUCUUUCGAACCACAAUUCCAAGUCAGCUGCAAGGGUGAUGUUUAAUAACAUGCACUAUAACCUGCCUCCAUGGUCAAUCAGUAUCCUUCCUGAUUGCAGAAAUGUAGUCUUUAACACUGCAAAGGUUGGAGUUCAAACAUCACAAAUGCAAAUGUUGCCAACAAAUGUUGAGACGCUAUCAUGGGAAACGUAUGAUGAAGAUCUUACAUCUCUAGAUGACAGCUCAACGUUCACUGCUCCAGGUCUGUUGGAACAGAUAAAUGUUACAAGGGAUACUACUGAUUACCUGUGGUACAUAACUAGCGUUGACAUUGGUUCAUCUGAAUCCUUCCUGCGUGGAGGGGAACUCCCAACUCUUAUUGUUCAGUCAACAGGUCAUGCUGUGCACAUCUUCAUUAAUGGACAGCUUUCAGGUUCUGCCUUUGGAACAAGGGAGAAUAGGAAAUUCACAUAUACCGGCAAAGUCAAUCUACGUGCAGGAACCAACAAAGUUGCGCUGCUCAGUGUUGCUGUUGGAUUGCCAAAUGUGGGCGGGCACUACGAAGCAUGGAAUACAGGAAUCCUUGGCCCAGUUGCACUUCAUGGACUUGACCAGGGAAAAUGGGACUUGUCUUGGCAGAAAUGGACCUACCAGGUUGGAUUGAAAGGAGAAGCCAUGAGCCUUGUAUCUCCUAAUAGUAUUUCCUCUGUUGAAUGGCUGCAAGCAUCAUUAGCUGCUCAAAAACAGCAGCCAUUGACUUGGCAUAAGAGCUUUUUCAAUGCACCUGACGGAGAUGAGCCGUUGGCUUUGGAUAUGGAGGGAAUGGGAAAAGGCCAGAUAUGGAUUAACGGGCAGAGUAUUGGAAGAUACUGGACUGCAUUUGCUAAUGGUGAUUGCAAUGGGUGCGGUUAUGCUGGAGGUUUCAGACCUACAAAGUGUCAAACAGGUUGUGGUCAACCCACACAAAGAUACUAUCAUGUGCCUCGGUCUUGGUUAAAGCCAAUGCAAAAUCUGUUGGUAAUUUUUGAGGAACUUGGAGGCAAUCCUUCAAGAAUUUCUAUUGUAAAGAGAUCUGUGAGUACCGUCUGCGCUGACGUCGCUGAGUUCCAUCCAACAAUAAAGAACUGGCACAUUGAAAGCUAUGGAAAGGUAGAAGACUUUCACAGCCCCAAGGUUCACUUGAAGUGUAACCCAGGCCAGUCCAUCUCUUCCAUUAAAUUCGCUAGUUUUGGCACACCUUUCGGGACCUGUGGAACUUACCAGCAAGGAAGUUGCCAUGCUUCGACAUCAUAUUCUGUACUAGAGAAGAAGUGCAUAGGGAAGCAAAGAUGUGCAGUCACCAUAUCCAACAGUAACUUUGGAGAUCCAUGUCCGAAGGUAUUGAAGCGUCUCUCAGUUGAAGCAGUUUGUGCUCCUACAACUUCAACAACUGCACAACCCAAUUGGAGGGGUUAGUAGUUAAAGAUCCUAUGAUAACUGUUGCACCUAAUGAGUUAAUUAUAUACCACAGCAAGCAAGUGAACCAAGCAGAGAAGAAGAAUAAGAGGUAAAGUACACGGAGAUAGUGUUUUAGUUAGGUUGAGUGUCAUAGUUUUUUCUUCUGAUGAAGAGUAGUAGCUCUGGUUAAGGGUGUUUGGAGCAAAAGGCAAGUAGUUUGUAAUUUAAGUGAGCUUAAUGGACCUGUGCAAAAUAGUAAUUGUCGAGUAGGUGAGCUGUAGUUUCCUGGGGUCCUACAAUUUAGGUGCCCUAGGGCUCCGGCGCUCUGGUCCUCGGCCUUUUAACCGGGGAUACGGGCAGUGCAAAAACUGUGUUUCUGUUGAUUGAUUGUAUUGUUCAUGUACUGUUGGGGAACAAGUAUAACCCCAAUUAGGUACUCAGGUUCAUGUUAGGAGCGGAUCCUAGUAUGACAAUUUGUUUACUGUGCAGUCUCUGAAAAAAAAUUGAAGGUGUUCAUUUACA